GAUUUAUCCUUUUUGAUCUGGUCUACUCGUUUCUUGCACCAGUCAAGCUCAAUUUUUUUUUACUGUUUCAUAAAUUAUAAAUUUAAUUUUUAAUUUUUUUCCAAUGAUCUUGGAAUUAGCUUAUUUUCCUUUUCUGCAAUGUUAAAUUCUCUAAUGAUUUGUUGCUUAAUCGAGCUUGAUAAUGGUGGUUAAUGAGGCUUUUGAGGCUUUUGAGAUUAAUCUUCACUCUCAUCUGUGCAAGUUUUAGAGGGUAAAAUCAGAACACUUCUGGAGGAUUGAACACAAUUUGUCAUAUCUGAGGUGGUGGUGUUCGUUUGGUUAUGAAUCUGCUCUGUGUCACUGCCUGCCUGGUGAUUUGCUCCUCUGUUUCAGGUUGAGCUGAACUGUCUGGAAUUAUAGAGGCUUUUUGAAUCUGAUUGACUGGGAAUGUCUAGAUGAGUAUUGAUGGUGAUGGGGACAAAGAUUUGAGGUAACUAAAUCAUCGGCUGCACAGUGAGAACAAGAGAGUUAAGGGUGGAGUUAUGAGCGAGGAGCAAAAUUUACCCGAACAUCCUGGUUUGAAAGUCAAUGGCAUUGCUGAAAGCAUAAAACAUGGGCAUGGAGGGGCUCCUCAGGCACCUGCAGCUGCAUUGCAAAUAGCACAGCAACAGCAGUCUCAAGGCGGAACAGUUUGUUGGGAGAGGUUUCUCCAUCUGAGAUCCCUCAAGGUUCUGCUGGUUGAAAAUGAUGAUUCUACACGCCAUGUUGUUACUGCCCUACUUCGCAACUGCAGUUAUGAAGUUAUUGAAGCAGCAAAUGGAUUGCAAGCAUGGAAGAUACUAGAAGAUUUGACAAAUCACGUUGACCUGGUCUUAACUGAGGUAGUUAUGCCUCAGUUGUCUGGCAUUGGUCUUUUAUGCAAGAUUAUAAGCCACAAAACUCGCAAGAAUGUUCCUGUUAUCAUGAUGUCGUCUCAUGACUCCAUGGGCUUAGUCUUUAAGUGUUUGUCAAAAGGUGCUGUUGAUUUUUUAGUGAAGCCUAUACGAAAGAAUGAACUUAAGAACCUUUGGCAGCAUGUAUGGAGAAGAUGCCAUAGUUCUAGCGGUAGCGGGAGUGAAAGUGGCACACAGACUCAAAAAUCUGUAAAAUCAAAAGUUAUUGAAAAGUCUGACAACAACACUGGAAGCAAUGAUGAAGAUGAUAAUGGAAGCAUUGGUUUAAAUGUUAGGGAUGGAAGUGACAAUGGAAGUGGCACCCAGAGCUCAUGGACAAAACAAGCUGUAGAGAUUGACAGUCCCCAGUCAGUCUCUCCUUGGGAUCAAGUUGCUGAAUGUCCUGACAGCACUUGUGCUCAAGUUGUCCACUCAAACGCUGAAAUAUCGGGUGACAAUCAGGCUCCUGUAAUCACUAUAAAGAAGUGCGAAGAUCAGGAGGAACAACUUGAGAAUACAACUGGUAAAGACCCAGAGAAAGUUGUGCCAGCAAAUCUACAUUUACAGCUUGAAUACCAAGUUGAGAAUCCAAUUAAACUUGUUGGUAUGAAACAGAAGAAUAUGCUCGAGAGGGGAUCUGGUAAACUCAAGGUGCAAAUUGAUAAAGGACAGCUACAUCUCAACAGUGAGAGUCCAUCAAGCAAAUUGAAGUAUGAAACUGUAAGUCUGACAGGUUUCACCAGGAACACUAUUGAUCCCCAUAUGGAUAGCACAGAGUAUGAGCCUUCAAAUAGGCAUUCCAAGAUCUCAGAUACAAAAAAUAAGGCCUCUAAUGAUGCUAAAGACACACCACCCCUUGAACUUAGUUUAAAAAGACUUAGAGGGGUUAAGGAUGUUGGAACAGCAGUUCUGGAAGACCGCAAUGUCGUAAGACGUUCAGACUCUUCAGCUUUUUCUAGGUAUAAUACAGCCUCAAAUUCAAUUAAGGCUCCUGGUGCGAACAUUAAAAGUGAUUCCCCACAUGAUUCUAGUUUAGAUGUUACCAAAAAAGGAUCAGUUUGUGAUAUGCAAUCUCGUUCAAAUGGUGAUCGUCCUAAUCAGUGCUUAAAUGUUGGUAGCAAUAACAUUGAUAUGGGUUCCACUACAAACCACACUUUUACUAAGUCAGUGGCCUUGAAAAAUAAGUCAGCGGUAUCAUCCACGAUGAAAUAUUUGCACCCGCCUUCUAGUUUCCAGCCUAUGAAAGGUGACCCACCAUGUGCCUCUCGGCAGAUUUCAUCAGAGAAAGCUGAUGAGAUAGCUGGUACAGCAAUGCUGACUCAACCAGGAGGCACCAUUCAGGAACUUCAAAUUCAGCACCUUACUAGCCAUUAUGAUCAUCAUCAUCAUCUUCUCCACAACAUGCAAUCACAACAGCAACGGCUGCCAUCUGACCAUGAUGAUUUGUCAUUGAAGAAAAUGGCUGCAGCUGUUCCACAUUGUGGGUCUUCCAAUUUGUUGGGUGGGCCUGUCGAAGGUAAUGGUGGCAAUUACAGCAUCAAUGGAAGUGCUUCAGGUAGUAACCAUGGCAGUAACCAUGGGAGCAAUAGACAAAAUGGGAGUAGCACUGCAGUUAAUGCUGGAGGGACUAAUGUAGAAAAUGAUAAUGGGAUCGCUGGGAAAACUGAAAGUGGUAAUGGUAGUGGGAGUGGAAGUGGAAGUGGGAAUGGAAACCAAGUAGAUCAGAACAAGUUUUCUCAGAGAGAAGCUGCCUUGACCAAAUUUCGACGGAAAAGAAAGGACAGAUGCUUCCGGAAAAAGGUUCAGUACCAAAGCCAGAGGAUGACAUUAGCUGAGCAGCGACCGCGAGUGCGGGGACAGUUUGUGUGGCAGACAGCAAAUGAGAGCACAAGCAGAUCAACAGAGAGCUAAUUAACCUAAUGAUCUAAUAGGUAAAAUCACACAAUGGUAUCUGGGGCAUAGUUGGUUUGAUAUCAUUAGACAUAGAACGUGAACUGUAUUUGAUUGGUGUAACCUUUGAUUGCUUAGAACCAUAUAUGCUACUUCUACAUAUAGGAAGUUGUUCCCACUUGAAGGGGCUCUCCUCGUGAAAUAUGUUGGUAUUUUUA